CGAUAUUUAGUGGAGUAGGAGGUAAAAAAUAGUUGGGGUAGCUCUAUCAAAUUAAUAUUUUUCAAUCCAAAUAAACACACAUAUGACGUGGUAGAACGAUAACAGGUAUAAACGUAUUAAUUACCACGUUAUUCCGAUCCAUAUAUCGCCAUCUCUCAAUGUGAUAUUGGAAUUAUUAUACACUGAAAUUCGAACCGAGCGAUCGUAUGGAGAGUCUCUGUCGAGCUGCCGAGAUGGAAGCGAGUCGAGAAGGCAUCCUGCCAUCAGACCCGUUUGAUGAUCAUGAUGGCUGCAGUGCAUUUUCACAUCAUCUGCCAAGUAGGAAUAUUCCCAGGAACUGGAAAAACAUCACAGAAGAGUUUAAUGAAUCUGCCUCGCACCUUAAGCUUGGAGAGCUUCUACAUGACUCCAUUUUUGGUUUGUUUGAGGCCAUGUCUGCCAUUGAGAUGAUGGAUCCUAAGAUGGAUGCAGGUAUGAUGUGUAACCAGUCUGGUCAUAAGGUACUCAAUCUGCAGCAGAGUAUCGAGGCGGGGAGAUUGAAGACAUCAGAUUUGACCAACCAUGAACUCAUUGGCAUCAUGGAUACAACAUUCGCAUGCUUGGCAACUUGGUUGGAGGGUCAUUCGUUAGCUCAGACGGUCUUUACCAACCUGUACGCUCAUAAUCCAGACCUGAUUGAUGACCGCUGUCUCAGAGCAUUCUCCCUGGUCAUCCUCAAGAUGGUGGACACCAUCAAGGACAAGGUCAUGAGGGCAGGAGUCUAUGAAGAGGAGGAUUUCCAGUCGAUGACCUAUGGUUUCAAGCUAGCCCACAACGUCACUGAGUUAAGAGUUGUUGGUAUGCUGAAAGAAAUAGAAGAGGACUAUAACAGAAGAGUCAGAAACACAAGAGCAAGGCAGGGAGAAGACAGAGAUACCGCUACAGAACUUGAGCAUGAGCAGUGUAUAGCAGUAGUAUCAAGGAUCAAGUUCUGCAGGAUGUUUUAUUCAGCUCUGCUUGCAUUCACAAAGAAAGAGAUCAAGCAGUCAGUAGAGGAAGCCAAGAAAUUACUACUCCUUGCGUUAGACCUGCUCCCAGCCAUACAGAAGACAGUAGAGUUAGGUGAUCCACAAGUCAUAUCAGACGAUGAGACAUCACCAGCCAUGCCAGACUACCCAAAUGUGAUGGGCUUUGAGCCGUUAGUAAAUCAACGUUUGCUGCCCCCUACCUUCCCAAGGUAUGCCAAGAUAAUCAGUAGGAGAGAUGCUAUCUCAUAUCUAGAGGGUCUGAUGGCCAGACUAAGAACAGUGUGUGAGGUCACCAGCUUGACACCCUUUCACCCUAUAGUGGAUUUCUUUGCCGAGUUCAGCAAGCAGUGCCCCUGUGUGCUCUCUAGAUCGGUCCUACAGCAGAUCUUCCUGCCGUAUAACAACAAGAAAGUGUUUGGUGUGGAGCUCGUCCAGGAAUGUUUGAGGGACACGUUAAGGGGGUUUGUUUGCCCCCCUGUUCUAGCUCAAAGGUCACCCAUCUAUAACAAUGCCCAGGCCAAGGAGAUGGCUGACUCUAUGCUGAUGCACUCAAUCAGGCCGAUGUGCUCCUUGAUGCAGAUCCAUGGUCACAACCGAGCCAGACAGAGGGAUAAGUUUGGGCAGCUCCUGGAGGAGUUGGCCGGUCUCCAGGACCAAGCUGAAAAGGUGGAUGCUAACCUCCAUACAAUCAUGUCCAAAGCAGAGGUCAAGAAGACGUACGAAGCAUCGUUCAGCUGCUGGGUUAUGUAUCAUACUCUACGCACCAUGAUACAGUAUGUCCAGUCGGGCUUUGAGCUGGAGCUCUAUGGCAUUCACGAAUACCAUUAUAUAUUCUGGUACCUAUCUGACUUCCUCUAUGCAUGGUUCAUCUCUACAUUGAGUCAAGCAGACAGCAUGCUAGGUGACCAUGAAACACAGUAUGCUGAACCUCAGGGCAAAGGUCGCAGUAACAAGAAGAAGGCCAAGAGGAAGAGGCCGCGACCUCUGGAGCGAGAGCUCGCCCUCUGUAAGGCGCAGCAGGCACUCUGUUCAGGCUUCUACAAGGCGGUGAUGGGUUUCAGACUCGACACCAAGAUCAAGCAGCCCAACUCUGAGUUUGACAACGAGAAGGUACGCUUUGAGCAUCGUUUCAGCGCCUUUUCCACCGUCCCGACCCCGCCCCUGGUGCAAUACGAUCAGUUCUGUGAGAUCACUACCCCUAAGAUGAGCCCUGUCGCUCUCUAUGGGACGUCGUCUGAACUCUUCUCUCAUGCUGCCGAACUCCUUGACAAAGUCCCAAAUCCCAAUCCUGAGAUCCAAAGCCUGAUCAGAGUGGCCAAGACAAACAACGUGGUGCUGAGGUUGCUCGUUGGGGGACACAAGAGAGACUCCCAAGCGCCACCGCAGUUUGAGUUUACUACUCAUAGGACUUUCCCCAUCAUUAAGCUGGUUUGAAUGAGUGCUAGAGAGACUCUCAAGCGCCACUGCAGUUUGAGUUUACCACUCAUAGGACUUUCCCCAUCAUUAAGCUGGUUUGAAUGAGUGCUAGAGAGACUCUCAAGCGCCACCGCAGUUUGAGUUUACCACUCAUAGGACUUUCCCCAUCCUUAAGCUGGUUUGAAUGAGUGCUAGAGAGACUCUCAAGCGCCACCGCAGUUUGAGUUUACCACUCAUAGGACUUUCCCCAUCAUUAAGCUGGUUUGAGAGCGAGUGCUAGACAGACCCACAUGCACUUCACUCAGCAGACUUUCCUCAUCAUUGAGCUUUUAUGAAAGUGAGCGCAAGAGAGACUCCAAAGCACCACCGCAGUUUGAAUUUACCACCCAUAGGACUUUUCCCAUCAUUAAGCUGGUUUGAAUGUGAGUGCUAGACAUACCCACAUGACGACACAAGUAUAUACGGCAUCUGCAAGAAUCUUUGGUAUUGAAGGAGGCAGAUUAUCUUUAAGAAGACACUCAGCAGACUUUCCUCAUCACUGAGCUUUUAUGAAUAUGAGCGCCAGAGGGACUGUUCAGAUUUCUUCAUCAUAAGUGAGCGCAAGACAGAUAUUUUCUGACUCACAUGCACUACCAUCACCGGAUUUUCCCCAUCAUUGAGGUUGUUUGAAAGUGAGUGCAAGCGGUUCUCACAAGUGCCAUUGGAGAUCAGUAUUACCAUUCUCAGAACUUUCACUGUAGUAAAAGCUUGAAUGAAAAUGUACACAAGAA